UUUUAUUAUCAUUCAACCGUUUUAAUGUGCUCUUUAUUAUUGUUAGAAUGUCCGUUCGAAAACACAUCCCAAUUGUUUUUUUCUGCAUCGCGUUAAAUGGGAGGGAAACGCCAUUCCGAUUUACGAAAACUUCGUUUAACGCGUGUGGGAUUUAUUUUUCGGUGAACGCAUCCCUUUCGUUAAGCGAGGGCCACCUGUUGCCUCGCAGAGGCGACGUCACGCCCAGAGCGCCGAGCCCAUUGGCUGACGGCUGCCCCCGUGACCCCCGACGACGUUCGCGUCUUCCUGCUUCAACAUUUUGAGCGGGAAGCGGCCGAGGUGGGACGCAGUUUCUGUGCGGGCCGCGCUCCCCGCUCUCGCCUCCUCUCCUCCUCCUUCUUCUCUUCUGUCCCGGAUGGAGGAGGAGGGCUACGCUCGCGUGCCGCCGGGCGGCCUGCAGGAGAACUACCUGAGCCUGGACGACGUGCUCAUGACGCACGGGAAGGUUCCGUGCCGGGUGGAGGUGGCGCUGCCGCGGCUCGGAUUUCUGGACAAGAACAGCGACGACGCGGGCCUCCCCGCGGGCAAGCAGAUGGAGCUCCCGCUGUGGAUGGCCAAGGGGCUGAGCGACCGGCGGCGCGUCGUGUCCGUGGAGACACCGCGGGGAUACCGCCAGGGCUGGCGCACCGUCCUGGGCGCCGAUCCGGGCGUCGUGGACCUGCACAAGAUGGGGCCCUACUACUACGCGCUGGGCACGCAGCUGCUGCACUUCGAGAGCCCCGAGAGCGGGGAGAUCGCCCAGGCGCUGCUGCAGGCAUUCUCCGGGCGCUUCCGCCGCGUAAUGGACGCGUGUCAGAACACGUUUGACGAGGACACGUCGGCGCUGACGGCGCCGCUGGACGCGAGCGAGCGAGCGCUGUUCCGCCGUGGCCAGCGCAGCCUGGAGGCUCUGGCGGCGUGGGAGCAGGGCCGUGCCUCGCAGCUCACCGCCUCAGCCAUCGUCAGCAACAUGAGGAAGCGCAAGCUCGCCGACCUUGACAGGAUGUGAAGGCGCUGUGCCUUACCGUGGCCCCCGACGUGCGUGUAUCGUUAGCGAUUAAAAAAAAAAACCGGUUAGAGUUGCAGGGAAAAGUGCCGCUUUACAGUGUUUAGUGACACCAUUGGUGAUGUCAUUGCCAUUUUUGGCUUAUCCGUUAGUUUUAUCUUAAUUGUGCUAUCGGUGUUAUGCCAUGAGAUCUCAUGGGGGCUUUCGCAGAGCAGUGCGACCCCCCCCCACCAACCACCGCCAAUGUUUGAGAAUAGCCCACGCUAGCAGAGAUCAGAGCUAUCUCUCAGAUCCCUUAAAGUGGCUCCCAAUCCACACAGAAGGGAGCUACAUUUAUUUGUUGAUUCAAGGGCGGCAGCUCCAAUGCACGAUUGAUGCGGAGGCUAUAGCGCUGGAAAUUAAACUUACGUGGCCGUGACUUAAAAAGCCUUUUUGCCGCUCCCCCCAUGCAUUAAGUUUUGAAGUUGAGUUCGAGCCGCGAUAUACAGCCUGGUUACGUAUCUAGUCAGGCGGUGGUGGCUAUGCACACCGAUGAUCCAGCACUGGAGGCAAGGGUUGGUGGAUUGCACAAAUGUUGCAAAAUUUCUCCCGUAGGCGUUGAGGUGCCAUACCCUGACUUGGUAGAGAGAUGGCAUUUUCAGAAAAGUGCGUGAAAUAAUCUGUUCCUUCUGUAAGGGAUUGAGUGUUGCCCCCCCCCCCCCCCAGCCCUUGCAUGUGUGGGUUUUCUUCAGAUAAACAGUUCAUCAAUUCUAAUCGGGAUGCCCUCUGGCUCCUGGACUAUUCAACAUAUUCGAAUAGUCUGAGAUGCCUUCAAUCAUGCUACGAUUGUUCCAAUGGGAAGACGAUCGUUACGCCGGGAAAGGGGUGGCUCCCUACUGAUCCACCGUAUUUUAUGUAUGUCGAUCUUUUAAUUGCUACUCUGCAGGAAGCUGGAGACUGCUGCUGAGGCUGGCGUUAACCACGAUAAGGUCGGGCCCUACCACAACUAAAAGUGUAUAUAAUCUAAUUUUUAUUAGCAUUCCAACCUUUUUUUCUGGUCAUUCCUGAAUAUUUGUGACCACACUGCGAUUUUGUUCUAACAUUCAUAUGCAGUCCUCCCCGUUACAUUUAAAAUGCACUAUCUAGGUCUCUACCUUUUUCCUUCUAGAUAUUUCUAAUCACACCAAAUUACUAUGCUUUCUGUCUAUAAUUGUCUGACUAGUCUAGCUUUUUCACAAAUCUCACAGUACACUUAAGUAAGUUUUUCUGUCCACAGGACAUGUCAAAUUCUUCUCCACAGCAGCGUAGUUCACAAGCUGUGAGCUUGCGCCUACGUGCUGAGUUUCACAUAUUCCAAUUGGAAAUGUGUGGCUCUGAUGAUAAUUGUCCUUAAAUUGCUUGUUUAUCGCAUGGAUUAGUCAUUUUCAAUUUGUAAGCAUAUUUAGUAACAACACCAAAGUAAUAUUAAUGUGUUUAAUACAAACUAGAUUCGAAGCUUUCGUGACUGCAGGAAUUACUCUUUGGUUCUUCAGGUAAAGUCACGUAGAAAAUAAAAUCAACUAAUAAUAGAAUACGACGUUUCGGUUGCAACACAAGCAGCCAAUGAUAAAACAGACACGGAUACAACAUAGGUGUGAUUAAAUCCAUUGUGGCUUGACAUCCUAUUCUGUUCAAUGUGGGUGGCUCAAACGUGUGAUAAUAAAAAAACUGCGUUUCCAAUAAAUUUGUAAACAUUUUAAUAAGG